ACAGUGCGCAGAACUGUUACACACCGAGAAAACUUCUUUGCCGAAGUUUGCUGCCAAAGAAAAAAUCAUCCUGACAGACAACCCGCUGCGCAACUGUGAACAGCCAUCUACUUGGAUUUAUUUUAAAAGAGCGAGUUUGGAGAAACGUUGAAGGUGUUUCAUAUCCAGACAGACUGACCUCUUCAUGCCCCCUACACAACCUUCUGAACCUCUGUUUGACUCCACCUAUUCUUCUCUUGCCUGUGUGUCUGUGGUGCUCCCCCAGGCUGCCUAUAGAGCGGGCACAGCGCCAUGGUAACUCACAGCAAGUUUGACUCCGCAAUGAGCAGCAGCCUCUUGGACUCCAACAUGCGGCUGCCUCACCGUUACAAGACCUUCACUUCCAAGACGCAGUACCAGAUGGUCCUUGCCACGCUCCACAAGCUCCAAGAGAGUGGUUUCUACUGGGGCGCCAUCACCGGGAAGGAGGCGAACGCCAUGCUGGCUUCCGAGGCCACCGGCGCGUUCCUCAUCCGGGACAGCUCUGACAACCGACACCUGUUCGCCCUCAGCGUCAAGACGGCGUCAGGCACAAAGAACCUGCGCAUCCAAUGUGACACAGCCUCCUUUUACCUGCAAACGGACCCUAAGAAUAUUCAGUCCGUCCCCCACUUUGACUGUGUCCUCAAGCUGGUCCAUUACUACAUGUCUCAGAACAAAGGGAACACUCGCAGUGGGAAUAUCUACUACAUUUACUCUGGCGGGGAGAAGAUCCCCCUGGAGCUCAUCAAACCUCUCUCCUAUAGCCUAUCCACCCUGCAGCACUUGUGCAGGAAAACAGUCAAUGGCCAUUUGGACAUUUCUUCUAAAAGAGACCAACUUCCUCAUCCUCUUAAGGAGUUCCUCCAAGAGUACGAUGCUCCUAUCUAGAGGCAAAAAAAAGACUUGAGAGUGUAACAGAGAACCCGGAUGGGUUUCAGUACAGCUAUGUUUGAAGACAUGGGGCUAUACCAUGAACCAGAGUCAAGAGUCAAGCCCGGGUUUGUACUGACAAGGUGUAUGUAGUUCUCACAGCAAACCGGGCACCCGUCUCUUAAGGUCCACAUUUCAGGAAGAGACACUGGAGUGGGGACUAAUCUACAAAGAGGGCCUAGAGAAAGAGAACUGAAAUCUGGUGAUACGAAAGAGAGAUAACCCGGCUGUCCUCCUCUGCUGAUGACGUACAAGUUACUGAAAACUGAAGUGAGGCUCACAGUCAGCCUGAUGACACACAUGUUCCCUCUGCUGCUAACCAAUGUGCUGUGAGGCUGUCGACAUCAGCCUCAGCCUCAGAAAAUAAUCCUUCCAUAAAAGCUGGUCAGGCUAUUUUUUUUAUUUUAAUUUUUUAUUUUGCUGACUUAAUGUCAGACGUGUCCGUCCAGCAUCCUAGGAGCUCUGACCAAGUGUAGUGCGCUGGAAAGUCACAGACAAUGGAAACUUGGAGUACACAUGACACCAACAUGACUGAAUCCUACAGGAUCUUACUUGAGAGAACAAUACCACUGCUGAGCUACUGCGCAAAUCUUAUAAAUCACAUUUUUAUACAACAUAUGGCUUCAGUGGUGAGGGAAUAUGUACCAACAGUUGUGGUAUUCUUUCUUGUUUGUUUUUUAGUGGCACAGAAAGGAUUGCCAUCGCUCGCAAAUGAAUGUAUUAAACAUGGUAUCUGCCUUUUCAUAAUGAUGAUGAUAAUAAUAUUAAUAAUAUUAAUAAUAAUAAUAAUAUAAUAACAACAAGGUGAAGAGUCAAAAUGGAUCUUAUUUUUCAUGAAUUUACAUGAGUGAAGAUGAAAUGGUUAAUCUGUAUUUGUGCUGUCUUUUAUAAAGAUGUACUUUUGCCAGCCAAAACCAUUGGCUGCGGAUGCUUGAAGAUAUUUGAGAAGUUUGACGAAGCAAGCAGACUGAUAGAACUUUGCACUUAUUUAUAUUUGUAUGAACAUUUCAUUAAUUUAUAAUAAAAAGUUCUAUUUUUCUAUGA